AUGCGCAUUCCUCUUUUUCUGCUGUCCGCCUGCCUACUGGCCGCCAUGCUUUCCACGUGUCCUGAAACUUAUACUUUUAAACUGUUGUAUUUUGCUAGUCAUUCAACUUCUAUUUGCUUUUCUAUCAGUUACAGGAACAAAGAAGUGACAACCAGAUUGACAUGGAUAGAGGAGAAGAUUCUGGAAAAGCUGCUUGGGAACGCUUCUUUGACUCUUCUUUAUCAGUCUAAUGUUCACAAGCGGUACUCUUUUGAGAUGAUUAAAAAAUGUUCCCUUCAGGGAUCCACAAUGACAGUAGUUUACCUGGAGCAAGAAGUUGUGGGUGUUUUUAUGCUGGAGGAUUUUCCUGAUAAAGAUUCUAAAAAACCAUCUACUUGUGCUUGGUUUUCCUUUGAAAGGAAUAAAAUCAGCUCUGGAAUAUCAGCUUUGGUUUUGAACACACUAGUUCAAGUUAAUUCCACAAGUUUGCAAAUGUCCUCAACCAGUGGUUUGACACUCAUUGUGGAUCUAAAUAAAGAAAGACUUUAUCUAAAUGAGGCAGUAAUAAAAAAUCUAGGACUCAAUCUUAAACAUAACUCUCCGUAUUUGGAAUGUGAAAUUUUUCGAGUUGAUGGCAUUAAAAACAAUCCAGGCUUCAUAAAGAAGAUGGUGACUGCCAGACAGCAUCGAGGAAAAUUCCUCUCCACUUUCAGAGCCUACAGGCCUUAUGCAGACUUGGUUUCAGAAGUUCGUAUUCUCUUGGUGGGCCCAGUAGGUUCAGGAAAAUCCAGCUUUGUCAACUCAGUGAAGUCCUCUUUCCAAGGCCGCCUAACUCGCCAGGCCAUCGUGGGGUCUGACGAAAGCAGCAUCACUAAGCAGUACAAAGUCUAUUCUAUCAAAGAUGAAAAGAGCAAGGAAACACUCCCAUUUAUGCUGUGUGAUUCAAUGGGGCUGGAGGAUGAGGAAGAAGCAGGGCUGUGCACAGAUGACAUUCCUCACAUCUUAAAAGGCUGUGUACCAGACAGGUAUCAGAAUUUAAUUAGUGCUAUCGCAAAGCAUAACGGCCAUUCUGUGGGUCUACUCGGGAAGUUGUUCCUGACAGAAAGGGAGAUAUUCCGAAGAGAUGUUCGUGCUGUGCCCUACUUUGGAUCCCAGGCUAUUGAAACAACGAUCUCCAAGAAGUUGGAGGCAUCUUAUAUUGGGAGAAAGAACUUUUAUAGAGAGAUGACGGUGUCUAGUUGUGCCAACGUCAGAAGAGGAGAAUUGCACACUUACAGAUGA